AUGCACGUCGAUGGCAUGAACUCAUACCCGCCGUACUUUGAUACGAUUGUAGCUGGUGCUAUUGGCGGCUCCACAGCCGACUUUUUGAUGCAUAGCGUGGAUACAGUCAAGACUCGAGUACAAGGACAACCUCAUCAUCGACCACUGAAAUAUCAUAGUAUGAUACAAGCCUACAAGUUGAUAUGGAAGGAGGAAGGAAUAUUACGAGGAUUGUAUGCAGGCGUGACACCUGCCAUGUUGGGAUCAGUACCCGCCACUGCAACCUAUUUCAGCAUUUACGAAUUCACAAAGAGGAAUUUGACGGCAAAUCAUGUCCCGGAAGUCGUUUCACAUUUAACAGCUGGUGCUCUUGGUGAUCUUAUCGCAUCCAUCUUCUAUGUCCCAUCCGAGGUCCUCAAGACACGGCUACAACUCCAAGGUCGAUACAACAAUCCUCAUUUUAUCAGUGGAUACAAUUAUAAGGGAACAUGGCAUGCAACGAGAACGAUUAUCAAGUAUGAUGGCUUUGGUGCCCUAUUCCAUGGAUUUACAGCUACCAUCUUGCGUGAUGUUCCAUACUCUGCAUUGCAAUUUGCAUGUUAUGAACAAUUUAAAAAGUUUGCCAAGCGACAAUACAAUGGCGAGCAGCUUCCAAUGGCUGUUGAUCUGGCAACCGGUUCUUUAGCAGGAGCCAUCGCAGGUGCUAUUACCACCCCAUUGGACCUGAUGAAAACUCUAUUACAAACUCAACAGAAUCGCAAAAAGGGAUCGACAGCACCGCCUACACCUUCACCAUCUGGAACAACACCAAAGCAUUACAGUGGUAUAUGGGAAGGAAUGAUAUGGAAUUACAAGAGCCAUGGAUUACCAGGAUUGUUCAGGGGAGUUGGACCACGCGUGUUUUGGACGAGUUGGCAAAGUGCUGCCAUGUUUGUGGUGUACGAACAGGUCUUGCAUGUGGAAGAAAAGUUACGAAAACAAGAUAUUUGGCCACCUACGGAAGCUGUCAAGAAUCAUGUCAGACUUUGA